AUGUCUUCAACUUCACCUUCUCCAAAUUCUUCCCCUUCUGCGGUCUCACCGACUUCAUCUGAUACCACAACACCACCGCCAUCAAAUUCUUCAACUACCACAACAACUACUGCAACCCCUUCUGACGCUUCACCUCCCCCUGCCCAAUCUCCUCCUCCAGCAUCACCAGCUGCCCCCUCUCCAAAAUCAUCACCACCUCCGUCAACUCCGCCACCAACUUCACCACCACCUUCGCCGCCUGCACCACCCCCAUCAUCACCUCCUCCAGCAGCACCACCACCUUCUCCACCAGCUGCCUCUCCUCCAGUUGCGUCUUCACCUCCAUCAGAAGGUUCUCCCCCUCCCAAAUCUUCCCCUACACCUCCUGCAGAAGCCUCACCUCCACCUAAAUCCGCAGAGUCCCCGCCACCUUCGUCCAAUUCUCCACCACCACCACAAGGAGAAGCGCCGAAGAAAUCUCCUUCAUCCCCCACUGGUACACCUCCUCCAUCUGCUUCCAAAUCUGCUCCUGCACCAGCUGAUAAAUCUCCCCCUGCAUCCACGGUGCAAUCACCACCUCCUCCCAGUAAUUCAUCAAGUCCCACUACCAUACCACAGAAGCCAACUGCAAGGUCAACCACUGAUGCCAAUGUAACAUCAAAUGCCACAUCCGGAAAUAAAGGAGGGUUAGACACUGGAGGAGCUGUGACCAUUGGAAUUGUAGUUGGAUUCCUAGUGCUCAGUCUUGUUGUAAUGGGGGUGUGGUUCGCAAAGAAGCAGAAGAGAAGAAGAGCUGGAGCACAUGUUGCCUACAACAUGCCCUCCCCAUUUGCUUCAUCCCAGAAUUCAGAUUCGGCAUUUCUUAAGCCCUAUUCUCCAGCUCCCCUUGUAGGAAAUGGUUCUGGCAGCGAUUACAUGUAUGCACAAUCAGAUGGUGGCGUUAACAAUUCAAAGUCAUGGUUCACAUAUGAAGAACUAAUCAAAGCCACAAAUGGGUUUUCGAAACAGAAUCUUUUGGGCGAAGGUGGAUUUGGUUGUGUAUACAAAGGUGUUUUGGAAGAUGAAAGAGAAGUUGCUGUAAAACAGCUCAAAAUUGGUGGGGGACAAGGGGAGCGUGAGUUUAAAGCUGAAGUUGAAAUUAUUAGUCGAGUACACCAUCGCCAUUUGGUUUCCCUGGUUGGUUACUGUAUAUCCGAGCAUCAAAGGUUGCUUGUCUACGAUUUCGUUCCAAAUGAUACUCUUCAUUACCAUCUUCAUGGUGAGGGCAUGCCAGUCCUGGAUUGGGCAACCAGAGUCAAGGUUGCUGCUGGUGCAGCUCGUGGAAUAGCUUACUUACAUGAAGAUUGUCAUCCCCGCAUUAUUCACAGAGAUAUUAAGUCGUCAAACAUCCUUUUGGAUAGCAACUUUGAAGCUCAAGUUGCAGAUUUUGGGCUUGCAAAGCUAGCAUUGGAUUCAAAUACUCAUGUGACCACAAGAGUAAUGGGAACAUUUGGAUACAUGGCGCCAGAAUAUGCAACAAGUGGAAAGUUGACGGACAAGUCUGAUGUUUACUCUUAUGGUGUUGUGCUAUUGGAGCUAAUUACAGGUCGCAAACCUGUGGAUUCUUCUCAGCCAUUGGGUGAUGAGAGCCUAGUUGAAUGGGCUCGACCUUUGCUUAGUCAAGCACUUGAAAGUGAAGACUUAGAAGGGUUUGCAGAUCCAAGGCUGGAAAAGAAUUACGUCGAGAAUGAAAUGUUUAGAAUGAUUGAGGCGGCUUCAGCGUGUGUGCGUCAUUCAGCUACGAAAAGGCCACGAAUGAGACAGGUGGUAAGGGCUUUCGACUCCUUGGAUGAAUUCUCAGAUCUCAGUAAUGGAAUGAAACCUGGCGAGAGCGAAAUUUUUAAUUCUGCAGAACACUCUGCACAGAUUAGAAUGUUUCAGAGGAUGGCAUUCGGCAGUGAAGACAACAGUACGAGUUUUUUCAAUCAAAGUCAGAGCAGCUGGAAGAGUAGAGACUCCCGAGAGCAAGGGUACCAAAAUCAGAGAAGCUGGGCUAGUAGAGACUCUCAGGAGCACGGGGAUCAAACUCAGAGCAGCUGGAGUCGAGACCAGAGAGAACCGAGAAACCCCAGUACCGCGAUAUCCGUAGAUAGAACUGGGAUAUGGAACAACUGAGAGUUCAACCAACUGUUUGAGCCAGGGUAGGCUGUGUUGUGUUGCUCAUUUCUUGUAAAUCUUACACAAAUCAUAUCAUUUUCCAUUUAUUUUUGUGUUCUCUGCUAACAUGAUUUUGUUGACAGGAUCCCAAUUUCUGUAUUCUUUUUGUGAUUUUGAUUCAUUGAUACAGUAUAUUGUAUGUAUCUUAUUUGAAAUAUAUAAUUUUAUCUGAAUUA